AUGCACCAUUAUACACUAGUCAAGUUUAUUUCUGGUGCAACUUAUGAAUCUGUUUCAACAGCCUACGAAUUAUUCAAACUCAUGAUUAUAAAUUAUAAAGAUCUUCUGUCUCGUGAAACGGAUCUUUACCAAUUUAAUGAAGUAUGGAAUUUCAUCAACGCUUCAAUGGAGAAAGUUUUCGAUUCAGAGAAGCAACAAGAUCCAGACCCGAAAAUGCAGUUUAAUAAGUCCUUAUACGAGAAGGAAACAGCAGAUUCACCUCUUAAAGUCCUGAUGCAAAACCAAAGAUUGAAUGAAGUGUACUCCAUUGAGCAGUUCAAAAAUGACUUAUCAAAUUUAAUGCUGGUAACUGAGAGUUUAUUGUCAGCGGAAGAACUUGAUGAUAUUGUUAACGAAAUUCAACCCGGGAAUGAUCAUUUCACCACUGAUUUCGAUAACGCAGUCAAACAUGAAGCACAGAUCAUAAUCUUAUUGGAUGAAUGGUAUGGAAGACUCUAUGAUUUAGCGGAAAAUCAGGAACUAGCACUUUUCAAACUCGUGGAAUCGACAAGAAGAACAAUGAAGAUAUCAACGCCACGAAGCUUUGAAACACAAGUUCAAACAUUCAUCAAGCAGAAGAUGGAGAAUAAUUCGUCAGUCGAAACCCUUUACAUCCUCCUCCAGAAACUAGUGACAUUUGAAUUGUUUUCGCUCUUUGAUUUGGUUUCGAUGUUGAAGAAUCUUUCAAUGGAGUCAAAUUGUAACAUUAAGGAAAUUGGCCCAUUAAUCACCGAUUUAACCCUAGGAGAUGCACCACAGAAGAAUUUGCCUUGUUAUCAGUAUUUGAUUAUAAAAGAAAUUCAACACGAGUACCAAAUGAGACACGUUAAAGAUAUAAUAUCAUACACUUUGGACCAGCACCUGCCUCUAUCUAUUUUUAAACAACGGGAAAUAAGGACAAAACAUGAAACCAAAAUCAUUAGCAUCGUCAGAGACGGGUUGCUUUUCCACCAAAGGUGGACCAUGAUGUUUUUGGCAGACCGGCUAUCAGAGGAUCAACUAUUGCCGCUAUUUAAUCAAAUGCUUACGUUCUCUAUGAGUCUGUUGAAUGACACUGAUAAUUUGGCAAGAUCCACAAAUGAAUUCACGUUAGCAGUUGUGCAAGCGUUAUUAAGUUUCAUGGCUAGAGCGCAACUGGACGGAAAUAAUUUUGGGAAAAUUAUAGCACCAGCGAUAAAGUUAUUUCACUUUCUGUUCGGCCCAUCCAACUCAUUCUUUGGUGAAAUGUUCAACUGUUUGAAUUGGAGCACAAAACUACAAAUUUUUCAUUAUAUGGAGCAUGUGUUCUUAACGCAGACAGCAUUCUAUCUGGAUUGGGGCGUUGAAGACAUCAUGGCUCAGGAAAACGUGCAUCCAGUUUCUUUAUGGAAGAACAUAGAGGGAGAUGAGUUGAUACCAGCUUUUAAGGACUAUUUCAAAAAAUUCUCCCUCUCUUCUGCGGAAAAAAUUGCAACAACUAUAGAGGAAUUUAGACGCUUAGAACAGUUUCUACUCAAGCUUCUCAAUGUUCUUGAUAAUGACGAUGUUGCUCAACAAGAUGAUAGCUAUGUGUAUGACGUGGUUUCCAUUUUUCUCAAGCUACUCAUUAUUCGGAAGGCCACGCUUACGAUGGUGGUUGUCGAACAUGAUGCCACCCACUUUACUUUCUUGAAGAAUUUGGUCAGUAUGUUGAACACUCGUUACUUCAUGAAUGGGCAUGAAAAAUUGAAGAUUUUGCUUUAUGAUCUUUUGUUGCUCAUGAAGAGCUCUCUCACAGAACAAUUGCGCUUAGGAACCAAUGAGAGUAUAAUCGGCAAUACGCAAAUGGGACCGAGCCAGCUGAUACUGCUGAGUGGCAGUAAUGGGGAAGAUAGAAAGGGUCAAGGCGAGAAUCCAGACGCGCCCGAUCUCGCUGCAGACGCACUAACAAGGGUUUCUGACAUUCUUAACCUUCCAGAGCCUGCAUCAGAAAACCCAUUUGGCGAAUUGGCAAUAGAAGAGGACGAUUCUGCCUUUGGUUUGGAUGAGGAAGAAUUGGACUACGGUAGUGAUGUGGGAUACAUAAAUAAUAGUGGCCUUGUGCUCACAUCUACCAGAAGCGAUUCGAUUGGAUUUUCCACCGCUUUUGGAGUGCUCCAGCAAGAUGCGCCCAUUCAGCGCUUCAAUAUCAAAGGCAUGAACCUCAUAGAAGACACCAGCACAGAGCUCAACGAUGGGUGCAUCAAUCUUUCUCUCUUCGAUGCAUACACCAUACGGGAGAAUCCCCCAUAA